AGCUAUUUUUGUAUGGGUCGUCGUGUCGUUUAGUUCACACGGACAUCGGAAAAUACACAGAACGCAGCGCACGGACAGUUGGAAAAUCACUAUCAGCAAGUGAAUUAUAAAACCUAGACAACAAAAACCAAACCAAUUAAGUCAAAGCAGACGGAAAGCCAAAGAAAAGCCUGAAAAACAAUGACGAAAUGAUAUGAAUUCACUUGGCAGUCAACGCGCAUAAUCGUAGCCAUCGCACACAUACAGGCAAACGGGCACACACACACACAGGGAGUGAGUGUGCGAGUGAAAGGGGGUGGACGAAAUUGAGUGGGCGCAGCAGCAACAACAAGACAAAAACAAACAACAAUUGCCGUGUAAAUUGCACGGGGAAACAAAAACAAUGCGGAUACGCGAAAAACGCAAGUUGCAAAGGGAGAUGAGGGAGCAGCGGGAGGAGAGGGGGCAAAAGGAGCCGAAGGAGUCCUCGAAGAAGGAAGCCAACAACAGGGAGAAGACAACCGACACGGAGGUUCUCACACCAGCUACUGCGCCUGCGCCUGCACCUGCUCCGCCGCCAGCAGCACCACCCACUUCAAGCACACCACCCACUCCCAGCCUGCCGGCGGCCGAGAAGGUGGCCUUCGACAACCGCAUCAAGCGCAAGAAUGUGCUGGCCCUCAAUGAAAAGGUGGCUGCCCUGCGGGAAUACGAUCGACUGCCGGUGUACAAGCAUGUGGGCCGUCUAUUCAGCUGCAGUCCGGAUCAGAUCAAGCGGAUCGUCCAGCAGCGCCAGGAGAUUCUGAACGCCUGGGACCAGCGAACGCGCAGAAGUCAGGAUGCCAAGACCAUGGAAACGAAGACCGUGAGGGUAUCGAUGCUGGGAAAGGCCGUGUACGACUGGAUGCGGCGCAUGAUGUACUACAAGGACUUCAGCAUCUCCGACGGACUUAUUCAGAAGAUGGCGCUACAGUUCAAGAGCUCCAUGGGCCUGGCUCACUUCUUUCCGCACCAGGAGUGGUGUGAUAAGUUCCGGCGCACCUACAGCAUCCAACACACCGACACUAGACUGCUGAAGAUCGGCUACACGCAGGGCUAUUCGGUGCAGAUCAAGGACAUUGUCAAGGACGUCAUGUCGGAGUGCAUGCCUGAGAGCGCGCAACGAAACGAGCAGGAGGAGGAGGAAGAGGUCAGCUUGGGCAGCCCGCUGAGCAGCAAUCCUCGCAGCUGCGGUGAAGACGAGGAUGACGAGGUGGAUGUGGAUGGAGGCGAUGCUAGCGGCAGAGAGGAUGACCUGGAGGAGGAGCCUGAUGUCAAGCCCUCGCUGAGUGAGCUGAAUCUUGCCCGAGCUCUUCAGCCAUUGCCGCCUUUGGUUAGACUGCCCCUGCAAACCAACACUCCGCCAGGCACUUCCCAGAAAGUGCUCCUGGCCACGCCCAUUGUGCCACCGCAAGCGGGGGGUCAGCCCAUGACCAUGACCAUUAUACCACUGGCAACCCUAGCCCAAAGCAUCACUCAGAUUCCUUCCCCGCAGCAGCAGGAUAAGGGCCCGGUGGUGCCACCGCCCAAACUGGAGAUCAAGCAGGAAAAGGACAUCAAAACGGAGCCCAAGGAUCCAGAAGAGUUUCUCUUGGAGCAGACGAAGCUGCCACCUAAAGAAACGCAAACUUCAUCCGAAAAGGAGAUUGAAACCCUACCCACAGUGCACAUAAAACAGGAGCCAGAAGCUGAGCUGGAAACGGAAAUGGACCAGGAAUCCGGCGAUCCGGAUGAAGAUGCAAACAAUGGUCGCUCCAGUGUCACCUCGCUGGCCGAGGUCUUGGCCGCUAAUGUGGAGGACGAGAUGGAGUACAUUGAACAGAUGCGCCAACGCAAGAUGGGUUCACCCAUUGAAAAGUCGCUGAACUCCCGGCAGGGAACCAAACGUCGCCUUGAGUCCAACCAGGACGACAACAACAAUGGGGAAUCCGGGCCAGGAAGCGGAUCGGGUGUCAUUAGCUGCUCCGAUGCCCGCAAGUACCUGAAACUGCUGGAGGAGUUUGCUCUGUUCAAGGAGAACUACCGGCUGAUUGGCCUGAUCACAAGGGCCGAUGAGGUGAUGCGGGAAAUGGAUGACGAUGUGGCGUAGGAUGCUCCGAACAGGAAGCACGAGAAAUAGCUUCUGCCAAAGAGGAUUAGCUAUGCAAACGGUCGCAUCUUGAAGAUGCGUUCGGUCGGAUGCAAUCAAUCACUAGACCUAAGGUAAAUUUAAUUUGUACUCGAACCAAAUAAACGCAAAUAAUCCAAUGUCAAAGGGGUCAGCAGCUUUAAUCUUGACCCUAAUUUAAAUAUGGAAUGAAACUGCAUUAACUAAAUAA